GAGCUUUCUCCGCUUCUCUUCAACCUCCUUCUCGUCUUCGAUCCAGAGAUCCACUUAGAGAGAGAGAGAGAGAGAGAGAGAGAGAGAGAGAUGUCCGGCUACGACGAAGGGCGAGUUUCCUACAGCGAUCACGCCCAGUUCCCUCGCGGCGGCGACCUUGACGGCGCCGCCAACCUCACCCGCCACACCGCUCUCCGCAAAUUCAAGGAGUUCAUCCGUGGCUUCCUCGGCUCUGAUGGCGGUUUCCCCUAUCGGGAGAGUCUCGUUCAUAACCCGGAUCACCUCACCAUAGCCAUGGAGGACCUUGAUGGCUUCGAUGCUGAGCUCUCUGACAAGAUCCGUAACCUCCCUGCUGACUAUCUCCCUAUGUUUGAGACGGCAGCUGCGGAGGUGUUAGCGAGUUUGAGGUCGAAGGUUGCUGGUGAGACUGGUGAGAUGGAAGAGCCUGUCACUGGGGAUGUGCAGAUUUUUCUAUCUUCAAAAGAGGGUUCUGUUUCUAUGCGAUCUGUUGGGGCGGAACACAUGUCAAAACUGGUGAAGAUCGCCGGAAUCACAAUUGCGGCAUCUAGAGUGAAGGCCAAGGCGACAUAUGUGACACUUAUGUGCAAGAACUGUAAGAGUGUGAAGACGGUGCCUUGUAGGCCUGGGCUAGGUGGGGCAAUUGUUCCCCGGUCUUGUGACCAUGUUCCACAGCCUGGGGAGGAGCCUUGCCCAUUGGAUCCAUGGAUUGUGGCUCCAGAUAAGAGCAAGUAUGUUGAUUUGCAAACUCUGAAACUGCAGGAGAAUCCUGAGGAUGUUCCAACUGGAGAACUUCCACGAAACAUGCUUCUCUCGGUGGACCGACACCUUGUCCAAACUAUUGUUCCUGGCACUAGGCUGACUGUCAUGGGGAUUUAUAGUGUGUUCCAAGCAUCUGCUGCCCAGAAAGGGGCUGUUGGAGUCAAGCAACCCUAUAUUAGAGUUGUUGGGAUGGAACAAACUCGUGAAACAAACUCAACUGGUCCAUCCACCUUCACAGCAGAUGAGGAAUCAGAGUUCAAAGAAUUUGCCCAAAGGCCUGAUGCAUAUGCUAAGCUAUGCUCGUUGAUUGCUCCUUCAAUAUAUGGCCAUGCUGAUGUUAAGAAAGCUCUUGCUUGUUUAUUAUUUGGGGGAUCAAAGAAGAGAUUACCAGAUGGUGUGCGACUUAGGGGAGACAUCCAUGUUUUGUUACUGGGUGAUCCAUCAACUGCAAAAUCACAGUUUCUUAAGUUUGUGGAGAAAACGGCUCCUGUGGCUGUUUAUACUUCUGGAAAAGGUUCUUCUGCUGCUGGUCUGACAGCUUCAGUGAUUCGAGACAACAGUUCACGUGAAUUUUAUCUGGAAGGAGGAGCCAUGGUUUUAGCAGAUGGAGGAGUGGUCUGUAUUGAUGAAUUUGAUAAAAUGAGAUCUGAAGACAGAGUUGCCAUUCAUGAAGCCAUGGAGCAGCAGACAAUAUCCAUUGCCAAAGCAGGAAUAACAACAGUUCUUAACUCAAGAACAUCAGUUCUUGCUGCUGCUAACCCUCCGUCUGGCCGAUAUGAUGAUCUCAAGACUGCAGAGGAUAACAUUGAUUUGCAGACUACCAUCCUUUCUAGAUUUGAUCUCAUUUUCAUAGUGAAAGAUAUUAGAAUGUAUGAUCAAGACAAGCGAAUAGCUACCCACAUUAUCAAAGUUCAUGCUACUGGUGCUGCUGGGUCCAAGAAAGACGAUGUCGGGGAGGGAGAAAAUUGGCUUAAGAGAUUCAUUGAGUACUGCCGAGUGAGCUGUCAACCAAGGCUUUCAGAAAAAGCUGCUGAAAUGUUGCAAAACAAAUAUGUGGAGAUCAGACAAAAAAUGAGGCAACAAGCUCAUGAGACAGGGAAGUCUUCUGUAAUUCCUAUUACUGUGAGGCAGCUUGAGGCUAUAAUACGGUUGAGUGAGUCGCUUGCAAAGAUGAGACUGACUACUGUUGCUACUGAAGAGCAUGUUGAGGAGGCAUUCAGAUUGUUCAACGUCUCCACAAUGGACGCGGCACGAUCUGGAAUAAAUGAGCAUAUGAAUCUAACACCUGAGAUUGCAAAUGAAAUCAAGCAAGCUGAAACACAAAUAAAGAGAAGGAUGGGAAUUGGGAGCCAUAUAUCAGAAAGACGUCUUAUCAAUGACCUAACCAGAAUGGGGAUGAGUGAAUCUAUUGUGAGGAGAGCUCUUUUGAUCAUGCACCAAAGAGAUGAAGUAGAGUAUAAGCGGGAGCGUCACGUCAUAGUUCGAAAAGCUUAAUUCAACCAACUUCUGAAAGACAGGUAAAAGAAAUCCAAGAUCUUCAUAGUUAAAUACAUUCAUUUGUUUUGGCUGUAUGAGUUGCUUGGUAAUGAAGUGUUUGCUGUUCUUUAGAGUUAUAUGUUGAAAUAUUAAUGAGAAAUUUCAGGUAUAUAGACCUAAUUGGUGCAUUUAUUUGGUGUUCUGGGUAUUGUUGUAACUAGAUCUG